AAUGUCAACAAGACCAAGGCCCUCCUGUUCGGCUCACGUCAGCGCCUCCUCACCUCAGGCGGAUUCACCAUCCAUGGAUGCACAUUCCACCUUACUAAACUAGUCCAGAACCUUGACUGAAAACUGAGCCAUUGACUUUCUGAUGCAAUGAGCAGAGCAGCCAUUACCCUGGUCAGGACGGGGAUCAUCCUGCUCUGGCUCUACCCUUUGACUCCAGGCCGGGAAAGGAAACAGACAAAGUGGCCUGUUAUAUCUGACAAACCCUUUAUUGUGGUGUGGAACGCUCCCACAGCAAACUGCAAAUCAGUAUAUGGCAUAGACCUGGGCCUGGAUGUUUUUGACAUUGUGGCAAACCAAAAUGCUACAUUUAUUGGACAGAACAUCACCAUAUUUUACUACGAUAAUCUGGGCUAUUACCCAUACUAUACUGCAGCUGGAGCCUCAGUGAAUGGGGGUGUCCCUCAGAAUGGCAGUCUGAAGGCACACCUCGCCAAGGCCCAGGCGGACAUGGAGAAAGAGAUCCCAUUAACGGACUACAGUGGUCUCUCUGUCAUCGACUGGGAGGCUUGGAGGCCCUCCUGGAUAAGGAACUGGGCUAAGCAGGCCAUUUACCGCCAAAAAUCAGAAGAGCUGGUCCGAGAGGAGCAUCCACGUUGGCCUGAAAGUCAGGUGACCAGGCAAGCCCAGGUUGAAUUUGAACAAGAGGCCCAGGCCUUCAUGGGACAGACACUGAAGUUAGCUAAAGGCCUGAGGCCUAGUGGGCUGUGGGGCUAUUAUGGUUUUCCCUGUUGCUAUAACAGCAUAGAUGGGAUGGCUUCUGAGAAUUACACGGGCAAGUGUCCCGAUGUGGAGAAAGAGAGGAACGACCGGCUGGGCUGGCUCUGGAGGGAAAGUGUGGCCUUGUACCCAAGCAUCUACCUGAAUGAGCAACUGCGCUCUUCGCAGAGAGCCCUGAAAUAUGUUCAUCACCGUGUCGGAGAGGCCCUGCGGCUGGCAGAGGUGCGAGAGAACGUCAGCCUCCCUGUGCUGCCAUAUGCUCGCAUUGUGUAUGUGAGCACCAUGGACAUCCUGACCCAGAUUGACCUGGUGCACACGAUUGGAGAGAGUGCAGCGAUGGGAGCCGCUGGGGUUGUCCUGUGGGGGAACGGGGACUAUGCUCGAUCCCAGGAGUCCUGUGAAGUGGUGAAAGCGUACAUCAGUGGUGUCCUGGGUCACUACAUUGUCAAUGUGACAAGUGCUGCGGCACUGUGCGCUCGGGCACUGUGCUCCAGUCACGGCCGGUGCGUGAGAAAAGAUGAGGGCGCCAGAAUUUAUCUGCACCUGAACCCUGAGACCUUCACCGUGAGGAGGAACCUGGAACCAGGGGGACCCCACUUCCUGCUGUGGGGCAACCUGGCAGAGGAGGACCUGAAAAGAAUGCAGGACAGUUUCCAAUGCCAGUGUUAUUGGGGCUGGAAGGGCACACACUGCCAGGAGAGCCACAGCAUAGAGAAUUGACACUUGUAAUGAAACACACGAUUAUGUUACAAUUAAAAUGUUUUCGUUUA